AUGUCCGACCAAAGCGAGUACCCUUCCGAGUCCAUUGGAUCCGACAAUGGACUGCGGCCACUCUCCAAUGUGGACGAUUUGUCCCUCGGAAACCCCAGCAACAACGAUUUGUCCCGCAUCAUGAACCGUGCUGGUAUUGCAUUGGCCAAUGGAUUCCCUCUCGAUGACGAUGAGGACGAAGAGGACGUGGAGGAGGAGUACGUCUCCGUCGACCAAGAUGACGCCAAUGAUUUCCCAUACUGGUUCCGUCGCCCGCCUACCCACCACCGCACUAAGCUCGAUGAGCUGCACCCAUUUGUUCAGUUGCUGUCUGCCUCAAACGUAGAAGACUGUAUCAAGGUGGAGAAUGCUUUCCCGGAGCCGGAGCGUUGCUCGCAUGACAAGUUCAUUUACCGUCUCACCAGAUGCCCGGAGCUCAGCCUGGGUCUCUUCACUCUCCCCCUUCUCGCAGAGGGCGAGGCCAAGCCCCGCCCAACGCUUGUCGGACAUAUCAUCGCCACUCGCACUUCAGAACCGCUUGUGACAGAUCGAGCCAUGCGCCUUCCAGCCAACUGGCAAAAUGAGCGUUGGUCCUUUGAGAACGACCAGGCUGUUGGCCACGAAGAAGGUGGCAGCACCAUUGCCAUCCACUCCCUCGCUGUCGAGCCAGAGCACCAGGGCAAGCAAGUCGGAAGCACCUUGAUGAAGUCUUAUAUUCACCGCAUUCGGGAAGCUCAGAUUGCUGAUCGUAUUGCGAUUAUUGCACACGAUCACCUGGUUCCAUUCUAUGAGUCGUUUGGAUUUGAGUCCCACGGCCCCAGCAAGUGUCAAUUCGGUGGCGGUGGCUGGGUUGAUUUGGUCUUGGAGUUUGGCCCUGAGCCCCCACAGGAGUAG